AUGUCUGUUUACAAAGCGAUUCAGCAGAGAAUUCCAGCAAGGCAUAUGUCUCCAUACGCAAUCUUCGUUCUUCUGGCACUCCUAGCUAUCACCUCUGCAGAGGAGAAGCAGUCAGAUUUCUACCAGAUCACGAGUGGGAACAUAAGUGUCAAUGGACCUUUCGACUGGAACGACUAUAACUACACCAGUGGAGGCGGAUCAGGAUCCAUAUCCGUGAAAACCCCUAAAGAUGGAGGCAAGGUUGGAAGUGAUGGGCAGCCUGGCAGUGAUGAAGAUUAUCAUCCGCGCAUACGCCAUGCGUAA